AUGGAAGAAAAACAACCAAAAGAAGUAAUUUUAGAAGUAUUAUGUGAUACAUUAUCUCCAUUAAAUAAACAAGAAGCUUUAGAUUUGAUUGAUAAUGAUGUAUUUAAAGAAGUAUCUGAAGAAAAAAAGAAUAAAAUAAAAAAUAAAAUCAAUGGUGUGAUGGAAGUUAUUAAAACACCCAUUGAUUAUGCUAUUGAAAGAAUUGAAAAGGUACAAGUUGAAGAUCAAAUUGAGGCAAUGAAAAAAGAAAUAUUAAACAUUAAUAGAGAGUAUUUAAGCAAACUUAAAAUUUAUUGUAUUGACACUGUUAUGAAAACAAAUAUAAAUGAGUUAAACACAUUCAUUGAAUGGGUGUUAAAAACUACUUGUGAUGAAGAAUGUUAUUUGAAGAUAAUUCAUUACUUUAUUUCUCAAGAAGAAAUUGAAAAAGCUAAAAAAGUAUUUGAUGAGGCAUUAGUUCAUGAAAACCUUGCUUAUCACUCAAUGAAUUUAUGGCUUGAAUAUUUAUUAUUAUGUAGAAAUUCAAAUGACUUCAAACUUUCUCAAAAAAUAAAAUCACGUAUGAAUGCAAGUUAUUCUAAUCCAUCCGAAGUAGAAUUAGCAUUUGAAGAAAGAAUAAAUAAUAAUUGA